AUGGUCUUGAGAAAAUGCAACAUAUGCGACCGGAAAUUCAAGAAGACUGAACAUUACAAACGUCAUGAACGGUCCCAUACAAAGGAGCGUCCGUACGAAUGUACCGUUUGCCACAAAAAGUUCUCUCGUAGUGACGUCCUGAGUCGCCAUGCAAAAGGCCAUGUACAAAAUGCCAACGGCCCCACAAGUAUCAACGCUGCAAAGAAUACAACAGCAACACAAUCAAUCCCUCCGACUACUACUACUGAUGCAACCGACUCUGGGACAGCUAAUAAUCGAGCCCAUGUUCCCGUCUUCCCACCGACGCCGCGGGACGUCCAGAUUACGCCUCCGGGGGGACUCUCGUCUAACCUAGAUUUUCUCGCGGAUAUCUCUGCACACCAAUCGCGUACGGAACCUGAGAUAAAUGCAAUGAUGAUGGACGAACAGCAACAAUCUUACUUUGGCUGGGGUGAUAUCUCUGCCCUUGAUUCCGUGGAGCAGCAACAGCAAGCCCAGCGCCCUAUUACGUUCGAUGCGAUGCCUAGUGAAAUGCUGCAACUGUGGUUGGAACCACGAGCAGAUAGUGUCUCUCAUCAUAGCUCUUCCAUUGAUUUCAUGCGGAAUAUGAAUCUAAUGGGCGAGAAUUUCAUGUCGUCCGGACGGCGCACUAGUCGCUCAAUGGAACCUAACAAGGCCGUCGACGAUAUCCCGAACGAGCGUUUUGCACGAGUUGAACGUAGUUGGGUGGCGCCUACCAAUUUGGUGGGGCGUUUGAUCAACUCCCUUUGGCAUGAUGCUUCAUGUUACGACUCUGAUAAUCUCUUUUCAAUCCCACCUUGGCAGUCCAUGAGCCCGUCAACCGGCAACUAUCCCGGAAGCAGGUUUGGUCUAGACGAAGAAUGCCGAUUGCAGCUUCAACAUGCCUUUGGGUUGUCACCUGCACCCCUUUCGAGUGUCGAUUCUGUAAUUCCCAAUGAUGCCGCUUUGUCUCCCACCGCGUCAACCACAGGUUCGGGAUCAAUACCAAGUUUCCCACCGGCCGAAAUCCUGGAUAUGGCACUUGAUCUAUAUUUUCGACAUUUUCAUCCUUUAGUACCGUUUGUCCAUGUGCCGACUUUUUGUGCGAAAAAGACCAAAUUACCCCUGCUUUUCGUUAUGUGUCAGAUUGGCAUGAUCAUGCUAGGAACCAAGGGUACAACUAGUUUCGUUUCGAAGACUUUUGCCUGCUCGUUGGAAAGGAUAAGCUUGGAGUUAGCUAAAUGCGCCAUCGGGAACGAGACGUCAACUGGUGUUAUUUCUACGUUUGCAGCGGCUUUGCUUAUGCUUAAUUUGGCCGCUAUGACUGGCGAGAAAUCGCACCUACAACAAUCCCAGAUGCUUUAUAUCAAUCUUAUAUCGAUUGCACAACGUCAUGGACUUUUCACUGCCGGUGAGGGUCAGUCGCUAGACAUGUCACUUUUCGAGGCAGUGCCAGAUCUUGAAAUGAGAUGGAAAGCGUGGAGCAGGGUUGAUCUUAUUGUCGGACUUUUACUGCUUGACUCGUGGUUUUCCUCGUUCCUCUCAACAAGUCCGAUCAUAGUGCCAGAUUCAGUUCAGAUUGUGCUUCCAUGCCAUGAAUCACUGUUCGAGGCCAACUGUUCGUCUCGCUGGAUGCAACAUAUUCGUGGCGGCAAACGAAUCAUUACUUCCAUGGUCAAAUCACCAUCUGAAACAACAGCGUUACCUGCCCUCGACGUACCAGUUGACGAAUUUUGUAUGCACGGAGUACUAGCAAUGCUUCAAUUACGCUUAUCGGAGGCAUAUCAUCGCAUUCUCUUCAAGCGACCCAGCUACCCAUUCGCCCCAUGCCACAGCUAUGCCAUGGAUAGUCGAGCGCGAUGCUUGACAUCGUUACAAGUGCAACUGAUGAACACAUACCACGAAUCGCUCUCACACAUGAACCCGAACUGUAUCGUCAUGUGGCAUCACAUGUGCAUGUAUCUAACAGCUGAUAUUCAAAUCUUCGAUCUAGCCGCUGGCCGUAAUGGGGCAGCUCCCGCUCGAAAGGCACUCGACGACAUUGCAGCCUGGACACAAACGCCAGCUGCUCGUCGCGCAUGUCUACACGCAGCACAAAUAUUCAAAGAAAUAUCUAACCGUAAGGCAUCUGACGAUACCAUGUUUCAGUCUGUGCACGCCUUGUUCUCAGCUGCCCUCAUACUAGGAUUGUACAUCUACAUGGUGCCACGUUCUGCAGAAACACAAGCAGGCGCCACCUCAAUCGAACUAUUAGAAGACAUUGACUGGCAACAGGUCGGCACGGAGGGAUUCGCAGGCUUUAUGGAGCCACAAAGCAGCAACCCAGGCUCGAGAACAAUUGACGACCAAUCGAUAAAUUUCAUCCGUCAUGGUGGUACGAUCUAUGUCCGCGGUGUUCCGCAUCAGGGCGGUUAUCAAUCGGCGCGACGGAUAUUGUUGGAUUAUGGCGGUCUGCUCAAGGAUACGGGGAAAUGGAGCGUACGCAGGUUUAGUUAUGUGCUUCAUAUUAUGAGUGAUGUUUUGAUGGACGUCGAUUGA